GUUGAAGUAUUUAAUGCUAAACACUUUAAUCUGCAUGAAAGCCAAUUUAUUCCUAAUUUACAGUCUUUUCAAUUGUUGUUUUGCCUUUCACGAUUCACUAUAAUUGGAAUAAUUUACCUAAUGUUUGAUAAACAAAUAUGAUGUAACAAAUAUUAGUUGAAUAACCAUUUGGAGAGUUGAAGUUUAUUAAAGAUAUAAGUUAUAUGAGAUUUGUUUCUUUCAACAAUUCAAAGUUGUAAGCUAAGUUUUAAUCAAGCCAGUUAAUGACAACUUCUUCUGAGGAUAUAUUACUCCUUGUAAAUGGAGUCCGGAAUAAGAAAAAUGAUGGAACUCUUUACCUCAUGGAAGCUCGGAUCGCCUGGAUGCCGAAUGGUAAAGAUUGUUUCACUAUCAGUCAUAAAUAUGCGGAUAUUAAGAUGCAGAAAAUAUCACCCGAAGGAAAGGCGAAAGUUCAAUUACAAUUGGUCCUGCAUUCCGGUGACACUACAACAUACCAUUUUGUCAGCCCAGAGGGGGUAGAAAAACAAUUAAGUGAUCGUGAUAUGGUUAAACAAUUACUACAACAAUUAUUACCUAAGUUUAAAAAGAAAAUUUCCAAAGAAUUAGAAGAAAAAAAUCGUAUUCUCCAAGAGGAUCCAGAUCUGUUUAAUUUAUAUAAAGAUUUGGUUGUUAGUGGUGUUAUCACAAGUGAUGAAUUUUGGACUCAAUUAGCACCUAUUAGGUGUCCACAAUUGAUUAAAACUCUAAAUUUGUCUCCAACAUCUACUCUAGAUAAAUCUAAUUUAGCUGUUAAUCUCCAUUCCUCCAAUGAACAAAUGGUGGGAAUUUCUGCUGCCUUCCUCUCGGACAUCAAGCCUCAAGCUGAUGGCUGUAAUGGUAUUAAGUACAACAUUACUACAGACAUUAUUGAAGCAAUAUUCCGUACAUAUCCAGCAGUGAAAAAGAAACAUUUUGAAAAUGUUCCUCAUAAAAUCACAGAAGCAGAAUUUUGGACUCGAUUCUUUCAAAGUCAUUAUUUCCAUCGUGAUAGAGUUUUUAGCGGUUCAUCUGGUUCUUCAAAAGGAGAUCUUUUCGCUGACUGUGCUAAGUCAGACGAGAUAGAUAUUAAAACUGCAGCUAGAAGAGGUGUAAAAGAUCCAUUUGUUGAUAUUACUUAUUUUGAUGAUGUUGACUAUACAAAUAAUUCAAGUGAUCCCAAAAAUGAGGAUAAAUCGAAAAAAGAUCGAGAUAGCUCAACUUUACCAAACGCUAAUCAAGCGUUGAUCAAAAGAUUCAAUUUACAUUCAAUUAUGAUUUUAGAAGCCAGUAAAAGUGACUCAACGGGUAAAAUAAGUGCCACCGUCAAUGGUCAUUCAUCUCCAUCACCAGCAUCUACCUCAUCAACUCCCCAUGUGAAUGGCGUUGUUAAGGGGAAAAAUAAGGAUAAAGAAAAAGACAUUAGUGAUACAUCUUUAAACAAUAAUUUAGGUAAAAAUCAUAUCGAAGAUGAUUCAGAGGAAAUCAAAAGAGUCAAGAAGCAACGUUUAAAGGAAAAAACUGAAUUAGAAGAUCUAGACGCCGAAGCGUUAAUCGAUCCUCUUUCAUGGUCAACAAAAGAAUCUAAGAUGUUAAAAAUUAGUAACAAGCAAAGGUAUCUCGAAGGACCUACACAGGAUUCAGGAAACCACAAUCAUUAUAACAAUUUAACACUUCUACAAUCAGUUUAUCAUCAAGAUAAUAUUCUAACGAAUUGGCGGUUAUCUUUAAAUAACUCUCUCUCAUCGCCGGCCGCUAUUACUGCUCUAAGUGCAUUAUCUCCUGGAGGAGCGUACUUUAAAAACACUCACACCGCUAGCCUUAAAGACGUCAUACCAGCUGAUAUCCAAAGCCAAUUGAAGCAACUUUAUUUCUCGUGUAAUGAGUUACUUAGACACUUUUGGGCCUGCUUUCCUGUCACAAGUCCACUUAUCGAGGAAAAACUAUGUCAAAUGAAGUCUACAUUAGAAAGAUUCCAAUUUACCAAAGUCCAAGCUUUUCAUGAUAAAUUAGUGAAAGACCAUUACGAUUCAGAGCUCACAUCUCAUCUAUUAAGUCAAUUGCAGUUAGCUUACAACAAAUUUAAUUCUUGGCAACUUAAAAAGUCAGCUUUAAUGCGCAAAUAAGCCAAGAAAAUAUAUUGAUUUAUAUUGGAGCGAAAAUGGAAUCAUGGACUCAACUUUUUGAGUUGUCUCAACUCACUUAUAUAUUUGUGUAUUUUUCACUGACAAUAAAAAAAGUGCAUUUAACUUUUGUUAUUUUAA